ACCACACAGGAAUUCCACCCUCGACUCAAUUGCAAACAAAUUCCAAAAUAGUCUUCGAACGAUUGAGUUCUAGUAUAGUACAGUACCAGAAUCUGUUUCGUCGUCAAUACGAAUACACAUCGUCAUCGCGAUUUAUAAUAGGAACAAAACAGAAACGGCAAGUGAAUUCAACAACUUGAACUUACUGCCAGACAGAAACAGAUUGUUUGAUUAAAGUUUGCUUUUUAUCAAUUUUAGACAAAUAUUAAAGUUACAAAAAAUGACAGAUCCUCAUAAAGAAAUUCCGCCCUUGAAACGAGCUGCCCUGCAGGUGGUAGCCGGUGGAUCGGCAGGAUUUGUUGAAGUUUGCAUCAUGCAACCACUGGAUGUGGUGAAAACACGAAUGCAGUUGCAAAACACCAAAACAUUGUCCAAGAACCAGUACACUGGCGUUUUUGACUGUUUUGGAAAAAUGUACAAAAAUGAAGGACUGUUAUCUUUUUGGAAAGGUAUCCUUCCACCUGUCUUAGCCGAAACACCCAAAAGAGCAAUUAAAUUUGUUUGCUUUGAGCAAUGUAAGCCACUGUUUUUGUUCGGAUCACCAACGCCAACACCAUUGACAUUUUCGUUAGCGGGUCUUACAGCUGGUCUUAUCGAAGCUAUAGCUGUUAAUCCAUUUGAAGUUGUAAAAGUUGCUCAGCAAGCCGAUCACUCACGAAUGAAGGAAGCCCCCGGCACUUGGGCUGUUACCAAAGAAAUCAUCAAAAAAGACGGCUUUGGUUUUCGUGGUCUAAACAAAGGUGUAACUGCCACCAUGGGUCGCAAUGGUACAUUCAAUAUGAUUUAUUUCGGAUUCUAUCACAGUGUGAGAGACUAUGUUCCUGCUUAUGAAGAUCAAACCAAAGAAUUCCUUAGGAAAGUUGCAAUUGGAUUUACUUCCGGAACAAUAGCCUGUUUUGUGAAUAUACCUUUUGAUGUGGCAAAGAGUCGAAUUCAAGGUCCACAACCGCAACCGGGUGUUAUCAAAUACAAGUCAACAUUUGGAUCUAUUCUAACGGUGUAUAAGGAGGAGGGAUUUAGAGCUUUGUACAAGGGUAUUGUGCCAAAGAUAAUGCGAUUGGGUCCGGGUGGGGCAAUAAUGUUAUUAGUUUUCGAAUAUGCCUAUGAGUUUUUGCAAGACAACUAUGCAUAGAUUUAAAUUAAAAAAAAAACAAAAAAUCUUGACAACCGUCGAAGUUGUUUCUUUUACAUUCAAA